ACGCACACUCUCAGUCGACACUCCUACUUCUCUCUCUGUCUCUCACACGUUCUCCAGCCAAGGAGGCCAGACAGAGGGACGUGGUCACUCGGAAAGGUUCAACUCGAGAGAGACAAAAUGCAGUGGGCCUCUCUCCUGCUGCUGGCAGGGCUCUGCUCUCUCUCCCGGGCCCAGUAUGAUGAAGACCCCCACUGGUGGUUCCACUACCUCCGUAGCCAGCAGUCCACCUACUAUGAUCCCUAUGACCCUUACCCUUAUGAGCCCUAUGAGCCCUACCCCUACGGGGUGGAGGAAGGCCCUGCCUAUGCCUACGGCUCUCCACCCCCACCAGAGCCCCGCGACUGCCCCCAGGAGUGCGACUGCCCACCCAACUUCCCCACAGCCAUGUACUGUGACAACCGCAACCUCAAGUACCUGCCCUUCGUCCCCUCUCGCAUGAAGUAUGUCUACUUUCAGAACAACCAGAUCUCCUCCAUCCAGGAAGGCGUCUUUGACAAUGCCACUGGGCUGCUCUGGAUUGCUCUCCAUGGCAACCAGAUCACCAGUGAUAAGGUGGGCAGGAAGGUCUUCUCCAAGCUUAGGCACCUGGAGAGGCUGUACCUGGACCACAACAACCUGACCCGGAUGCCUGGCCCGCUGCCUCGAUCCCUGAGGGAGCUCCAUCUCGACCACAACCAGAUCUCAAGGGUCCCCAACAAUGCUCUGGAGGGGCUGGAGAACCUUACAGCUUUGUAUCUCCAACACAAUGAGAUCCAGGAAGUGGGCAGUGCGAUGAGGGGCCUCCGGUCACUGAUCUUGCUGGACCUGAGUUACAACCACCUUCGGAAGGUGCCUGAUGGACUGCCCUCAGCCCUUGAGCAGCUGUACCUGGAGCACAAUAAUGUCUACUCUGUACCUGACAGCUAUUUCCGGGGCUCGCCCAAGCUGCUGUAUGUGCGGCUGUCCCACAACAGUCUUACCAACAACGGCCUGGCCUCCAACACCUUCAACUCCAGCAGCCUUCUGGAGCUCGACCUCUCCUACAACCAGCUGCAAAAGAUCCCCCCCGUCAGCACCAAUCUGGAGAAUCUCUACCUCCAAGGCAACAGGAUCAAUGAGUUCUCCAUCAGCAGCUUCUGCACCGUGGUGGACGUCAUGAACUUCUCGAAGCUGCAGGUGCUGCGCCUGGACGGGAACGAGAUCCAGCGCAGCGCCGUGCCCGCAGAUGCGCCGCUCUGCCUGCGCCUCGCCAGCCUCAUCGAGAUCUGACGGCCCUCGCACGGGCGCGGCUCGGAGCCCCCACCCCACUGCAUUUGGCUUGAUGUUUUGUUUUGGCUUUUGCUGGAAGGUCUGGGACAGACCAUGUGACAGAACUCCAUGGGCUCCCUCUACAGUCUUCUUCCCUGUAGGCGGGGUUAGGUAGGAUGCGGGGAUAGGCAGCUUCUGCUGAGGGACACGGCCAAGGCUCUCUUUUCCAGACAGAAGUGGUGGCAGAGGGAGUAAUCCCUGGAAGUCCCCACCCCAGAAAUCUCACUACCCUUAAGUUCUUCCCACUGAUCUGGUGUCCUGAACUUUAAAAGUUGCUUGGGCAAUAGUACACACCUGUACUUUUCCAACCACGCCUGACCCUCUGUGAGCAGCUUGGACAGCCCUCCCUCAUGCGGGCUGGUAGUGCAGAUGCUCUGGGCUCCCACUGCGGCCCCUCAGAACAUACCUCCUGCCGGACGGCCUCCCCCUAAGCCCACCUCAGCCACUCAGUCUUGCUCCACAACACCUAUACCUUAGGGAGAGGCAGGAGACCCCAAGGCAUGUGGGCAUCUGCCCAGUGGCCUGUGCAGAGAACUCGCACUUGUAUCUGAGGCUGGAAGGACACCAAGUGUCACCUCUCCACCCCCCAAUCUCUCCCCUUGAAGGCCACCAGAUUGGAGGUCACCAGUAUGAUGACAAUAUUCAGGGCCUGAUGGGGGAGGAGACAACCAACCUCAGGCUUAGACAAAUGCAUGGAGCUAUAUUUUAGCAGCUGGGUAGUUCUUUGAAGGUGGGUCAGACUUCAAAAGAGGAAAGGCCAGACUUUGCUUAUCGUCAGCAUCCCCAAUGGGGCAGACACACCUCCAGUCGGCUGAGCUGAGGACGCAGCCCCAGUAGUUUCCUUCUGGCCCAGCGCUCUCCGCAUUCCCAGCAGGUCCCACUGGGUCUUUAUCCUCGAAGGCAGAGGCCAUGUGAGUCUCAAAGCAUGAGGAAGGUAGUCUGUCCUCUCCUCCAAGCAGAAAUGUCUACAUCCUGAUAGGAGUGACAGACUCCAAUCAGCCUUGGACUUGCCUGCUAGCCCGAAGGAGGAGGCUGUGGUUCAUCUUAUUAACUGAUUUGUCCUCAGGCCACAGUUAAAAGUAGCAGCUCUGUCUGGAGAUGCUCAUUGGGUCUAUGAAGCCCAGGCCAGGCAGCCAAAUCUUGCCUGCGCUGAGCAUGAAACCUUUUGCUUUCACAUCUCUGAGCUACACCCUCAUUACUAAGAUGGCUGUUGCUUUAUAGUUUGGCUGGAGAGUGAUUAAUUCUUCCCAUUUCUGAAGGUAAUGUUGCCUGGGGCCUAACCCACCUGUUCCAGUGGGAUGGAGCCAUCUGGGUAGCCAGGGGCAGAGACUGGUUGAGGAGAGCAAGCCCCAGUCUUGUUCCUGCCCAGAUGCCAUCAUGUCCCUGAUACUGUGUAUGCUUUGAGGCAGCUUCCCUGAGAAGGCGAAGUGGGGGAUCCUUGGACUAUGUUCUUGGCUCCAGACCCUGAAAUCCACAAAAGCCAAACCAGCUCAUUUCAACAAAGGAGCUCUGACGUGAGGGGCAAGGCUGCCCCCAGCCCCAGGGCUCUUCAGAAAGCAUCUGCAUGUGGACACCAUCAUGCCUCUAUAAAGGAUCCUUAUUACAGGAAAAGCAUGAGUGGUGGCUAACCUGACCAAUAAAGUUAUUUUAUGAUUGCA